CGUUGUAUCCGUCUGCGCACAGAUGUCUUGCACACACGGAGGUUGGUAACUCCCGCCCUUACAGGAAGGAAGAGUUCAAAUAAAAUAUAUCCAGGAACAUUAAACAUGAAACCUGCACGUCCUGCCACUUGCGAUGCUGACCGGGCUUAUCUCUUCCGUCGUCUAUGGCAGAUCAUAGGGCCGUCUAUGGGCUGACUCAAGUCUCCUGUAGAGAAGAAACCCCCGCCUCCCGGUUUCAAGUGGGCUUUCAGAAGGAGCAAGCCUUUGGUCAAGUGGAGGGCUGGGGGGCCCUGCUUAUUCCAAUCCAGGCCACCCCUCAAGACGUUGCCUUACUGUGUGGGGUGUCGCUCCCUGCCCUGUUCAUGCUGAGCAAGACCUUACCCAACCACCACCCAGCAACCAGGAGCCUGGCUGCUGAGCUCAGCAGGAACAGCGAAGGGGGUUGUUGUGAGGGCAGAAUCAGGCUGAACGUCUCCGGCACCCUCAGCUGUUGCCUGUAGGGCUUGGUUUCCAUACUGUCCUGGUCACCCUUCCUCUGGACACCUUCCGGCUUGUCAAGAUCCUUCAUAAACUGUGGUGCAGGCCGGCCUUUUCCAGAGCAUGUGCCCUCCACCGGAAGCUCCCAGAUGUUUGGACGCCCUGGCUUGAACGCUGGAAGACUCUGCAUUGAGGUGGGGGAUUUCCCUUCCGGCUCAGUGGUCCUGCUAGCCUCGAACAGGAAGGGGAACGGAAGCUUGGCUUGCUGUGGGUUGAGGCAUCCCUUUGGCUGCACCCCACAUCCACAGUCAGGGGGACGAGGUGUUCCUCUUGCUUGGACAGGCUGUGAGCCGAAGAACCUCCCUCCCGCGGGGACCAGCUCUCCUCUCCAGUCACCCCUCUGCACCCGAAAGGCCACGGGUGGUGCUACGCCUCUGACCACAGAGAAGAGUCCCAGGAAGAGCCACCACCAUGUCUCCUGUGAAGCUUCGUGUUCUUGGUCUGGAGAUCCUGCUCGCCCUGCUGAGUUUCGCCAGCCCACCCCCCAACGUGGUCCUUAUCUUUGCUGACGAUCUGGGCUUUGGAGAUCUGGGAAGCUACGGCCACCCCUCCUCUGCCACGCCAAACCUGGACAAGAUGGCCGCCGGUGGCCUGCGGUUUACUGACUUCUACAGCAGUAGCCCCGUCUGCAGCCCUUCCCGGGCAGCCCUCUUGACAGGACGUUACCAGACACGCUCCGGCAUUUACCCCGGCGUGUUCUACCCUGGCUCCCGGGGAGGCCUUCCUUUGGCCGAGGUGACAGUAGCGGAAUUGCUGAAGGGCCGGGGCUAUGCCACCGCCAUGGUGGGCAAGUGGCACCUGGGAUUGGGACCCAAUGGGACGUUCCUGCCCACGCGGCAAGGGUUUGACCACUACUUGGGGGUGCCUUACUCGCACGACCAGGGUCCCUGCCAGAACCUCACCUGCUUCCCUCCGGACAUCCGGUGCUUUGGGACCUGUGAUCAGGGCGUGGUCCCCGUCCCCCUCUUCUGGAAUGAAAGCAUCGUCGAGCAGCCGGUGUCCUUCCCGAAACUGCAGCCCCGCUAUAGUGCCUUUGCCCGGGACUUCAUCUCUGCCUCAGCCAGACGCCAGCAGCCUUUCUUCCUGUAUUAUGCCUCCCACCACACCCAUUAUCCCCAGUUUGGCAGCCAGGAGUACACAGGCCGGUCGCUCAGGGGGCCCUUUGGCGAUGCUCUCCUUGAGUUCGAUGGCUCGGUCGGUCACCUCUUGCAAGCCUUACGGGACGCUGGCGUAGAGAAGAACACGCUGGUCUUCUUCACGGCUGACAACGGCCCCGAGACCAUGCGCAUGUCCCGAGGGGGCAGCUCGGGGCUGCUGAAAUGUGGCAAAGGGACAACCUACGAGGGCGGCAUGCGCGAACCAGCGGUGGCCUACUGGCCGGGCCACAUCACCCCAGGGGUGACCCAUGAACUGGCCAGUACCCUGGACGUCCUGCCGACCGUGGCGGCUCUGGCCGGAGUGCCCCUUCCCAACGUCACUUUGGAUGGUUAUGACCUCAGCCCGGUCCUCUUCGGAAACGGAAAGAGCCCUCGCCAGACCAUGUUCUACUACCCACCGGCCCCCAGUGAGCUGCUCGGCGUCUUUGCUGUCCGCUACAAGAAAUACAAAGCCCAUUUCUUCACUCAAGGCGCCUUCCACAGCGGGAUGACCCCGGAUGCUGACUGCCACGGGACCGCCCUUCUCACGGCCCACGAGCCCCCGCUGCUGUUUGACCUGGAUUCGGAUCCUGCCGAGAAUUACAACCUCCUCCAGGGAAGUUCUGUGGCGCCCGACCUCCUGGCCGUCCUCAAGGAGGUCUGGCUGCAGAAGGCCCAGUUCGAUCAGCAGAUGGCCUUUGGGGAGAGCCAGCCGGGGCGAGGCCUGGAGCCCGCCUGGGAGCCCUGCUGCUCCCCUCAGUGCCAGCCCAAGCCGUCCUGUUGCGGCUGCGCGUCCCCUUAGCCUCACGCCGCCCCUGUGAGGCCUGGGUCAUUGUCGCGACACACACACACACACAGGGGGGACUGUUCUUGUCAUCUGACAAACUCCUAAGGGCUUUUUUAAAAAAAACUAGAGCAUUCCCACCUCUCUUGGUUUUUUUAAUCAGAGGAAGCUCACCUGUGGCCUUCAGAGGUGGUGAAAUUGCCUUGAAAUGAUGAAGAGAACCACGUGGGGAUUUCAGCUCCUUUCCUAGGCUGCGAAAUUCUAACUUUCUGUAUUGAUUUCAUGCCUGUUUGUCUGUAAGCCAAACCGCCCUGAACGUGCCUCUGCCCCACGGAGGAGGAGAGGAAUCUGCUGUGCCAGAGCAAUGCAGUGAGAAGCAGGGGUUUGGCGCUUUUUUGGCCAAUCCUCUGCCUCAGUGGCGGACAGGGGGGCCUUCCACCACUUCGCCAACUCAGGCUGCUUAUUUUUUCCUGACUCUACCCACCCACCC